AUGCUCUUCAAGGAAGUAUCAGGAAUGAAGGGCCAGUGCAGGGCCCGAGGCGAAGCGCUACAGCGCGACAGCCAGAUCUGCCAGAUUUGCAAGUGGUGUUGUAAGAUGCCGCAUGCAGAAGUGGACGUAUUCCACUGGCUAGCCAAAGGUAUGAAAAAGGCACUCGGAAAAGCGAUGUCUAAGAAAGUGCAAGGCGCGUCGGUUGAAGCGUUAGUGCUGAAUGCCAUGGAUACAGCCAUGGUGGGCUCUGCUCUUGGAGGGAACGUGAAUUCACUAUUGUCACUGGCGGCCAGGCUGGGAGCAACGGCCGCCAAGAAGGAUACGUGCGAGCAGGUGCUUGUCCUGCUCGAAAACAAGCAACUGCCUGACCAAGCGAAGAUGGACGAGGUUCCAGUACAUCCAAUUCCAGUGUUCCCAAGCAGCGUCGCUCGCACCAUCGUCGGCACGCGGCACACAGCGGAUCGCGCAGUGAUCGAAGGGUCUCCACCACACCGGCAACCAGCAGAGAACACCGACGUGAUCGACAGGGUAGUGCAACGAAGGAACCACCAGCUCGGCACCGAGACCAAGCAGGGCGAGAUGAAGGUUCACGUCGCCCUGGCAGCUCGGGAGGAGGCGCGGCUCGGCUCCAACAACAACAGCAGCAGCGACAAGCAGCAAAAGUAUGUCAACUCGUGGAGGGAGUCGAUGACCUUCCCACUUUCCCAGAUGCAGAGAGGCCUCGAGCUGAUCCGCUUCGCGAACCAGAUGCAGCUGGCCUCAUCGAGACUGCAGGCCGAGACCACCUCGAUCCUGCAGCCGGCCACGUCCACUCUUCACAACGAAUUUCAAGCAGUGCUCUGUCAAGUUCGCCAGCAGGACAUGCGGCUGGACACGUUGGAUUUCACUGUCAGGGACAAUCAGAGGACCCGCGUCGUCGAGCAAGAGCAGCAGCAGCUGCGCGCCGAUGUCGAGCGCAUCCAGGCCAGUCUGGCCACGGCAGAAGCGACGCUCCCACCGCUCGACAUGGCAGCGCUGGCGGUUUGGGACCGCCCACCAGACCCCCGCCUCUAUUCGAUCGGAGCAGCGACAGCAGUUCAGCCAUCCGAAGUCCGCAGGGCACUCGAGCCAUGGAUCAACGCAGCUGGAGUGGCCAUUUCGGAUGUGGAGCUGACGCUGCGGCGCGAAAUCCAGACAAAGAAGCUCGCCCAGAUACUCGGAGAGCGGCAUGAGGGACACUUCUCCAGGAAGGCGGGCAACGACGGGAUCGUCUCGUGCAACUCCAUCCCCAUCGUCAGUGUGGAGGUCGGGAGCAAUGCCUCUGCUGCCACCCAACUCAGAUGGGACAGCGCCGCCAUCGGGCCACCACGCCUGCAGCCAGCAGAGAGCAUUGACGCGAUCGACAAAGCCGUGCUACGAUGGACCUACCAGCUCGGCACCGAGAUCAAGCAGGGCAUGAUAAGGGUUCACGACGGCCAGGCUGCUCGGGAGGAGGCGCGGUUCGGCCCCAACAACAACAGAAGCACCGACAAGCAGCAGAAGUAUGCCAAUUCAUGGAGGGAGUUGACGGCCUGCCCGCAUUUCCUGAUGCAGGGAGGCCUCGAGCUGAUCUGUUUCGCAGGCGGCCUACGUCCCGUGCUACGAGACAUCGUGGCUCUGCACCUUCGAGGCCAUCAGCCCGUACAUGUGGGCGUACAUGGGCAUCGCCGUCGCCCUGGGCGUCUCCGUGCUGGGGGCGGCGUGGGGCAUAUUCCUGACGGGCUCCAGCAUCGUUGGUGCUGGCAUCAAGGCCCCGCGCAUCAGCUCGAAGAAUCUGGUGAGCAUCAUCUUCUGCGAGGCGGUGGCCAUCUACGGCGUGAUCAUCUCAAUCAUCAUGGCCAACAAGAUCGAGGGCAUCCCGGAGUUCGUCCCGUUCUCCCACGCGCUGACCGGGAGCGAGGCAAAGGCCAUGGUCGCAGGCUGGUGCAUGUUCGCUGUCGGGCUCUCCGUCGGGCUCUCGAACCUCGUCUGCGGCAUCUGCGUGGGCGUCUCCGGGAGCGGGUGCGCGCUUGGAGAUGCACAGAGGCCGGAGCUCUUCGUGAAGAUGCUCAUCGUGGAGAUCUUCGGGAGCGCCUUGGGCCUCUUCGGGGUCAUCGUGGGCAUCAUCCAGGCGAACGGCGCCUCGUUCCCCAAGUGA